ACUGUUGCCAUCACCCCUCGAAUGUUUGUUGAUAUGGUCUCUACUCACCGCACCAUCACCUUCAAGGCCUGUGCUACCCAGAUGUUUUUUUCCUUCAUGUUUUGCUAUACCCAUUACUUCCUGCUCAUGGUCAUGGGCUAUAACCUCUAUGUGGCCAUCUGUCACCCCCUGAGCUACAAUGUGCUCAUGAGUCCCCAUGGCUAUGCCCGUCCUGUGGCCUGGUCCUGGGCUGGUGGCUCUUUCAUAGGGAUGAUGGUGACAUCAGUAGUUUUUCAUCUCACCUUCUGUGGGUCUAAUGUGAUCCAUUAUUUCUUCUGCCAUUUAUUCCCUCUCUUGAAGUUGGUCUGUGGGAGUGAGACAUUGCCUGUCAUUUUGUUUGUAAUCCUGGUUUGUGUUACACCUCUGAUGGGAUGUUUAUUCCUCAUCAUCCUCUCCUAUGUCUUCAUUGAUGCUGUUAUCUUGAGGAUUCCCUCUGCUGAGGGUCCGCACAAGACCUUUUCCACAUGUGUAUCCCAUCUCACUGUGGUGGUGGUGCACUAUGAUUUUGCCUCCAUCAUCUAUCUCAAGUCCAAGGGCCCCCAUUCUAUUUACAGUGACACCAUGAUGGCCACCACCUAUACAGUCUUAUCCCCCUUCCCCAGUCCUAUCAUUUUUAGCUUCAGGAAUAAAGUACUUAUUCGUUCUUCCAUUUCAUCUAUUCUGCUUUCAUUGCUUUUC